CUACGUAAACCCCUUUGCCAGACACCAGAGAAUAGCCUCCCAACAAACGAGUAUCUCGACAACCAUAAGAUCAUCAAUAUUAGGAAAUUGCACCCCUUUAGCCAAGAUGACCCUCCCUCAUUGGUUCAUGAUGAUCGGUCCUCAUGUCCAGUCAGACUCACUUUUAGUUGCCCCAUCCCACAUCAAAGACAACCUAAUUUCGUGACCGCCAGAUCCUUUAAAGGUCCACAACAACCACCAUAAACAACUGAGUUUGAUGUAUCAAUAACGUCAACUUUUUAAGGAAGAACGAACAAGUGUGACGAGGCAAACCUUGGCCAAGAUAUUCGAGUCUCGGAUGAUCCCACAAAGCCCUUGCCACUAGGCAAUCAAGAAACAAAUGUUCCUUUGUUUCCGAUUCAGCCCAACAAACCGGACACUUGGAAGCACUUGAACUUCCUUCUCAAUUAGGGCUUUCGUCGUUGGAAGGAUCCGGUGGAAUAUUUGCCAUAAAACACUUUAAUUUGGGUGGAAUAUGCGCAUCCCACAAGCAGAUCCAACUCGACUUAUCCAUUCAACUAGUUGUGGAUUGCCACCCACCAUCGUGUUUAUCAAACAAGACUGUAAAAUGAUAGGUUCAUUUGACAGUGAAAUCCCGUCACUCGUGUCUUGCGAGAUCAACCUAUCCUCCACAUCGUGAUGAGGAAGAAGAAUUGCUUUGAUGGCACGACAAGUUGUUGGGUCAAACCACUGGCUAAGUUUUAGAUCACACCACCGACCCUCCCCUUGGCAAAUCACCCCUGCUCCGCCACCUUUGAGUCUCCACCCCCUAGUAGCAAUUGAGGAUUAAUUUAUACAUAGGGAUAUAAGGAUGUAAUCGAAGAAUCCAUUUUGUGUAAAGCAGUGAAAUUGUCCUGCCAUUACUAAUUUGCAUUAUCAAAGAUAUGAUUGUGUUGUGUGUGUCAUUUCCAAAAUUGCUCUGAUUAAAUCUGGAUCAAAGAUCACAGAAUAUUUGAAUGAUAAUUGAGAGGUGGAUGGUGAUUAGGGAUUGCAAUGGGUCGGGUUGGGUCGGGUUUUUCCUAACCCAAACUCGAAUCAUGGGUUUAUCCGUGAAAAAAACCUGGGUAAAAUCCAUUGGGUUUGAAAAACUCAAACCCAACCCAACCCGCUGGGUAUCCGUGGGUUCAUGGGUACCCACGGGUUUUUGUCGUAAAAAAUUUACAGUAACAAGUUCCUAUCAAAAUUAAAGUCAAAUAUCAAUCUCUCAAUACAAAUUAUCCAUAUAUAAAACACCAUUCUAGAAAAUUCAAGCAAAUCACAAAUUAACUAUACAAAUUGUUCAACACUAAUCUAGAAAACUCAAGAAAAUUUAAGCAAAUCACAAAUUAUCCAUAAACAACAUGAUUAACUGAAAGCUUCUUCCUUUUAAUUAAGUUUCUUCACUCUCCACUCGAUAACAUCAACUUCAUUCUACACAAUUUGAAAGAAAAAAUUAGACAUGUCUCCACAAACAUAAAUAAGAUUAUUGUUUAGAAUAUUAAAUAUACCGAUAAAAUUAACUAUAUGGGUGCGAGCGGGUACCCAUGGGUCGGGUUUAUCUAAACCCAAACCCAACCCAACCCGGUGAAUAGUGAACGAGUUUAAACCCAAACCCGGCCCAAAACCCGUCAACACGGAUUUUACCCGCGUUGACCGGAUUGGGUCGGGUGGGUACCCGUGAGUUCGAGUUUUGUUGCCAACCCUAAUGGUGAUGGAGAGGUAGUCACCGUAAUCACUCCUCUAAAGAUUGCACAUGGUAGUGCAUUCGGAUGAAAAAUUCUCUCAACUACCGUAUAAGAAUCCACGUAAACUCAUUCCCAACUAAAAAAAAGUAGAGGGACUUAAAUAGCCACUAAAUGUAAGUUGAGUGGACCAUUUUACUUACGCCACGAUCGCACGAUUUUUCUCCCGCUCGCCCAUACGGGAUACGGCCCCAUACCCAAAGAAAUGUAAAGGAAAUUAAAAAAAUGUUUGUAUUAAAUUUAAAGAAAGAACAGACAAACAGAGCUUUGAAUUUUUUUCAGAAGGCGGGCAGUCGGGCACUGCAGGGAUUGGAAGGGGAAAGAGCGCGGUGGUGGAGAAUGGAAAAGUGAGCAGCUGUCUCGAAAUUCGACAUCUCCCUCCUCCUCUCUCUAUUUACUCCAUUUCAGAUGCCCCGUACUAUUUCCAGCUGCCGGAAACCCUAAUUGCAAACAAACCACCGAUUGCUUCCGCAUGGCGAUGGGGUCGGUAGCUACCGUCGGCAACACUUACGAGGAGGCUAGAAAGCAACGCGUCGAGGAGAACAGAAAGCGGUUUAAGGAUUUGGGAAUUUCCGAUCUCUCCAAAUCGCUCUCUAAAACCUCCAAUUCUCCCAAUCCAAAGCGUCAUCCAAAACCGAGGUCGAAGUCCGACACUGUCUCAGAGGGGAUUCAACCAAGGCGUUCUUCUCGUUCUCGAACUCAAGUCACGUCCUAUGUCGAUGAUUUCCAGGCGGAUUUGGAUCUUUACCCUAAGCGCCGUCGCGGUGGACGCGGCUCUCGGUUAAACCCAUCUUGGACAGACUAUUUGGCAAGACCUCUUGAAGAAGUCGUAAUUGCUUCUUAUGAAGAGCGAGAGCGUGCUCGUAAGGCUGCUGAACAGUUUGAGAAAACUCUGCCCUCUUGCCAUCCCACGUUUGUCAAAUCCAUGGUUCGCUCUCAUGUUUAUAGCUGCUUUUGGCUGGGUCUCCCUUCUCUGUUUUGCAAAAAAAUCCUGCCUAAAUGGGACUCAACCCUGAUACUGGAGCACGAGAGUGGUUCAACACAAGAGACCACGUACCUAGCUAAAAGGACUGGUCUUAGCGGUGGCUGGAGGGCAUUUGCAAUAGAUUAUAAGCUAAAUGAUGGUGAUGCUCUAGUUUUUCAAUUGGUUGAGCCAGAAAGGUUUAAGGUUUACAUUUUCAGAACAUCAUCAGUUUCCGCUGGUGAAAAACCCAAUGCAGAUGCUAAGAAAAAUACAAGAGCAACUGAAACGGAGGUCGUUCCACCCUCACAGAAGAGACAGAAGGUCAAGGAAGACAAGAAGCAUGAGGAGAACGAUGAUCCAGCUGACGGGGAAGAAAGCCAACCAAAAGCAAGAAGAGGCACUGGUAGAAGAACAGUGGUUAAGAAUCAAAUGAAAGCGAAUGGUUUCGCUGUUAAAGCACACAACUAUCAUCAAGAUCCUCACGAACACGAGAAGGAUAAGGGAGCAGUUGGAGAAGAAGAGCACCAAACAGAAGCCAGAGGAAGAAACAGUGGAAGACGUUCCAAGUUGGCUGAUGAAUCGAAAGAGAUGGUUUUGGCUAUAUUGGCACCAAUUGAGAAACAAGGUUUGGCAGGCAAGGAUGAGAAGGAGACCUUGGAGGCAGCAGUUGGUGACAAGCCCGGGAAACGGGUUAUCAAGCCAAGGAAAAAACCAGCUCCCAGGUUGUUUCGAAGGAAAGUAUUUAGGGAUUAGGGAAACCGGAAAAGCCAGUUUCCAGUUUCUGCAUUUGACUUUUAAUGUGAGCGAUUAAGAAAAUCGUUCGUUUUGGGGUAAUGUAAAUGGUACUGUCUUAACUUGAUCCCUUGACAGGCCCUUGUAUGGAUCUAGAUUAACGUUAUGAUUUUGGUCAACUUGGAUAGGUUGUUAUUGUGAGCAUUGUUUGAAUCUUUUCUCAUACAAGAGAGAACCGCUAUUCCCAUAGGCAUAUUAUUUGGAUAAAUGGCAUGAUUGAAUGAUUGAUCACUGUGAUUACUAAAAAACAUCAAAAUUUGGUCAUUAAAAAUAUUUUAUUUCA